UCACGUUUUCGACAUUGUAACAUGCCACCACGAAACGAAGUCUUCUUUCCUCUAGGAGGCGCGCAUCGGAAUACAAUCCUGAUUUGGUCGUGAAUCGUUUCACACUGGUCUCGAGCGUUUGCUGUCGCAGUUACAAUCGAAGAGUAUAUUCGUUGUUACCAACUAUUUCAUUUCUGGUAUUAUUUAUCUCUUAGAUGAGUUGUCUCCGACAUGAAGAACAUUUUUAUGUUUUUACUUUUGCCUUUGUACAUUGCUCGUGAUUCCGAAGCAAUACCAGCUAAAAUCUCUGGCGUAUUUUGUACUUUCAAAGAGAAGACGUACAGUCCUGGGGACAGCUGGCAUCCCUAUCUGGAGCCGUACGGAUUCAUGUUCUGCAUGCGAUGUGCGUGCACAGAGACUGGCCAUGUGAAAUGUAACACCAUUAAGUGCCCGGCCCUUCCCUGUGAGAAUCCAGUCACGGAUGCUCAGCACUGCUGCCCUCGCUGUACAGAUCAGCAUAGAAGCCCAGCAGGCCUGAGAGCUCCAGUGAAAGUCUGUCGACACAAUGGGACUGUGUACCAGCCAGGAGAGACCUUUGCCAACCAUGACCUGUUCCCGUCUAGGCAGGAAAAUCAGUGUGUCAUGUGCACCUGUUCCAAUGGAAACAUCUUCUGUGCCCUGAAGACUUGUGCAACACCCACUUGCUCAUCGCCGGUUUCUGUUCCAGACACUUGUUGCCUCGUCUGUAAAGGUCAUCACACUUUUCCAGAUGCUGCCAUUAAUCUAAAUUCUGCAUCAACAGAAGAUGGGGGACAGCAGUUAAACCGAGGAGUUAGACACUCGCAGGACCAGUGCUUUGUGGAGCAGCCAGGGGGUCGGGCUGUCCGGGCCACUCCAUCCACAGCGAGGACCCCACCCCGGGGCCUGAACCUGCAGGGUCUUCGGCUGAAAGGGGCAGCAGGCACCACAGUGAAGAUCCUCAUGCAGAAGAGACAGCAGAGAGCUUGUGUUUACAGCGGUAAAACGUAUUCCCAUGGCGAGGUGUGGCACCCAGUGUUGGGAAAAGUACUGGAGUGCAUCCUGUGCACCUGCACCAAUGGGGUACAGGAAUGCAAACGCAUCACAUGUCCUGGGCAGUAUCCAUGCCAACGCCCUGAGAAAACCCAGGGCAAGUGCUGCAAAACAUGUCCAGAAUUGAAAGAAGAAACCAAUAGGACACAGUGCCUCUUGGACCAGGACCAUAACAGCCUUUUGGUUUACAAAUUUCAACCAGCUUCAGAAGCUGAUACAAAGGGUUCUGUCAGAAUAAUCGCCAUUGAAAGGCAAGGGAUCGCUGAGGUCGAAGUACAAGUGUGGAAGACUGUUGAGGGAGGUUUGUACUUGAUGGAGAUGGGAGAACUUCAGAAGAAAGAUCUUACAGAGAAUCCUGAGAACUACAUCUUACUGACCACGCUUGAUGAGGAGACUUGGAAGAAAUUCAAGGAGGGUGCAAUCAAGGGAAAGGAAUUUCCAAAACGCGGAACCUGUGAGGACGGAAUUAAAGAGGUGCUGAAGUUUCUAAACCCAGCGCAACUAGACAGCUUGUGUACCUCUUAACAUCUCCAUCCCGCUUCACCUCCUGACUGUUGGAAAAAGAGAGAGAAAGAAAGGUUCAGAAACACCCAGCCAGUAAGAUGACACACUCUAGAACAUUCCUACAAAGUUCUUUGCUGCAAUUUCGUCUGUGGACCUUGGUGCCUGAAAGGCACGCUGAUUCACCGUAGCACGCUUACAUGAGUUUAUACCAGACAUUUUCCACAUUCGCUGUUUAACCAAAGCUUUGAGCUUGACUGGGUUUCAUACAACAGACUGGACCCCUUGACCCUCCUAUUUGGGCUCUGCAUGGACAACUGUCCAAAAGCUGAUCCUCGGUGGUAGUUUUUAAGCGGGGUCAGAUAAGGAACGAUCUGAUCUGACGUGGAGUGGAGCACAUUAGAGUUCGAAGCACCUUUUGUUCCUUCUCUCUCAUGCUUGACAGUUGACAUUCUUCAGGAGUAGCGAUUUGCUUCGCGGAAGACAAGUAGAUGGAUAGGACUGCUUAUACAAAGCCGCACAGCCGUUGAACCGCGGUGGUUUUUAAAAAACAAUAAUCCUGAUUUAGAAUCCGGUGUAUGUAAUAUCAUAAGCUGCAGCUGUUUUUGUAAAUAUUUAAGAUGAACCACCAGGGAAAAUUAAACAGUCUCCUGGCCAGGACACUUUUAUAAAGUUGAUAUAGGCCA